AUGGCAGAAGACGUUAUCAGGUGGCUAGUAUGUGGCGCUGGAGCAGGUCUAGCCGUCGAUUUAGGGUUGUACCCUUUGGAUACAAUGAAAACAAGACUACAAAGCAAACAGGGUUUCCGUGCUGCAGGCGGCUUUAGGAACAUAUAUAGUGGUAUGGGAUCUGUGGCAAUUGGGUCCGCUCCUGGUUCUGCCCUCUUCUUCCUAACUUAUAGAUCUGUGAAUGGAUUAUUCAGUCAAGAAAACUCCUUGGUUCACGCAUUUUCCGCCAGUGUAGGAGAAGUUGCAGCUUGUGCAGUUAGAGUCCCCACUGAGCUUGUGAAACAGCGAUUGCAAGCAUCAUCGAAAAAAGGAAAACUAUCCGAUAUGUGUCGGGAAAUCUACAAUUCGAAUCACUUGCGAGGAUUUUAUCGAGGAUAUUUGAGCACUGUUGCGAGAGAAAUUCCCUUCUCCAUAAUUGAGUUUCCUUUGUGGGAAUUUCUCAAGAAGAAAGUAGGAGAAAGAAAGAAGGCAGAUUGUUCUCCUGUGGAAGGCGCCGCUUGCGGUAGUAUAGCAGGUUCGGUGGCUGCUGCGAUAACUACUCCUCUUGAUGUAGCAAAGACUAGGAUUAUGUUAUCCAAGACAGGAAAAGCUCCUACAAUAUAUAGCACACUUAAAGAGAUUUACACGGGUGCCGGAAUACCGGCGUUGUUUUCUGGUGUCACACCACGAGUUUUAUGGAUGGCUGUCGGUGGUUUCGUAUUCUUCGGUGCUUACGAAACUGUGCUAUCUUUCUCUUACUGGGUUUCUCCAGAUAAGAGAAAUAACGCCAAAAACCGCGAGUCGCAAUCUUCUAGGCAAUUAUAG